AUGAGCAAGUUUAGAAUUUUCAUUAUUAUUCUAGCAAUUGCAAUCUAUUAUUUCGUCAUACACGGACGAUGCGAAUAUAAAGGGGAUGAGAGAUUAGAUGGAAAAACUGUAAUUAUUACUGGAGCUAAUACUGGAAUCGGGAAAGAAGCGGCAAUCGAUUUAGCAAGACGUGGAGCUCGAGUCAUUUGUGCAUGUCGAUCUAAAUCGCGUGGCGAAGCGGCUGUAGAAGACAUCAAAAAUAUUAGUGGCAAUAACAAUGUAGCUUUAAAAAUGUUAGACUUAGGUUCCUUAAAUUCUAUACGACAAUUCGCUAAGGAUAUUAACGCAAAAGAAGAAAGAUUGGACGUGUUAAUCAACAAUGCUGGAUUAGCUGGUCCUGCCUACAGAGAUACCACUGAAGAUGGUUUCGAAAGAAUGAUGGGUGUUAAUCAUCUCGGACAUUUCUUGUUAACAGAUCUAUUAUUAGAUUUACUCAAGAAGUCACAACCAAGCAGAAUCGUCGUUGUUUCAUCCAACGCUCAUAGGAUGGUAUCUAGUAUGAACCUUGAUGAUCUUAUGAGUGAAAAAUCCUAUUCUGGUACUAGCGUAUAUGGGUACUCUAAACUUGCCAACAUCCUAUUUUCAUUAGAAAUGAGUAAAAGGUUAAAAGGUACUUCUGUAACAAUAAAUGCUUUACAUCCGGGAGCCGUGAUGACAGAGCUUGGUCGACACCUUGAUGAUUACCUUCAAUUACCACCUUUCUUAAAUAAAGCUAUGCGCUGGACAAUGUCAAUUUUUUUCAGAGAUUCCCGUCAAGGAGCACAAACAGUGAUUUGUCUUGCUGUCGAUAGGAAUCUUGAAUCAGUAUCUGGCAAAUAUUUUGCUGAAUGUAAAAUUUCUGAAACAACAGCAGCAGCUACGAACGAAACUGAAGCAAAGAUGUUGUGGGAUAUUAGUGAAAAAUUAGUUAAUCCAUCUGCUUAA